UGACGGUAGCGGAGCGUCAUCGCGGUGACGUAUGAGCUCAGGACGGACAGACAAACAGCCGCAGCCUCCACCUUACCGGAGGGUGAUCGAUCGAUCAGUCCGCUGACCGGAGGCCUCUACCGGGAUCAAACGGAGCGGGGACCCGGUCCGGUUUGGUCCGGUCCGGUUCGGUCCGGUGGUGGAGGAGGAGGAUGCGUUGCCUGGUAACAGCAGCAGGUCUGAGGAUGGAAACAGGCCGAGAGUCGCUCUGAGAGAAUCUGCAGCUUCUUCUUCUUCUCCUCUCCGGAUGAACCUGUAGUCGGAGCUCAGGGUGAAGCCGCCGUGAUGCCGUGUUCCUGUGCAGAGUGGAGGAGGUGGAUCCGCCCUCUGGUUCUGGUUCUGUACGCUCUGCUGCUGGUGGCUGUGCUGCCGCUCUGCAUCUGGGAGCUUCAGAAAGACAAGGUCGGGACUCACAGCAAAGCCUGGUUCAUCGCCGGCGUGUUCGUGUUCCUCACCAUCCCCAUCUCUCUAUGGGACAUCCUGCAGCACAUGGUCCACUACACCCAGCCAGAGCUACAGAAACCCAUCAUCAGGAUACUGUGGAUGGUUCCGAUCUACAGUCUGGACAGCUGGCUGGCUCUGCGCUACCCCAGCCUGGCCAUCUACGUGGACACCUGCAGGGAGUGCUACGAGGCCUACGUCAUCUACAACUUCCUGGUGUUCCUCCUCAACUUCCUCAGUAACCAGUAUCCCAGUCUGGUCAUGAUGCUGGAGGUGCAGCAGCAGCAGGCCCAUCUGCCCCCGCUGUGCUGCUGCCCCGCCUGGCCGAUGGGAGAGGUGCUGCUGUUCAGGUGCAAACUGGGAGUCCUACAGUACACUGUGGUCCGGCCCGUAACCACGGUGAUAGCACUCAUUUGUCAGCUGUGUGGGGUUUAUGAUGAAGCUAACUUCAGCUUCAGGAAUGCCUGGUCCUACCUGGUCAUCAUCAACAACAUCUCACAGCUGUUUGCCAUGUACUGUCUGGUUCUGCUGUAUCGAGCUCUGAAGGAGGAGUUAACUCCCAUCAGGCCUGUGGGCAAAUUCCUCUGCGUCAAACUGGUCGUGUUCGUCUCAUUCUGGCAGGCGGUGUUCAUAGCGUUCCUGGUGAAGGUGGGUGUGAUCUCGGACAAACACACCUGGGACUGGGACAGUGUGGAGGCUGUGGCCACUGGUCUGCAGGACUUCAUCAUCUGCAUAGAGAUGUUCCUGGCUGCCAUCGCUCACCAUUAUACCUUCACCUACAAGCCCUACGUACAGGAAGCAGAGGAGGGGUCGUGCUUCGACAGCUUUCUGGCCAUGUGGGAUUUUUCUGACAUCAGAGCUGAUGUCACAGAGCAGGUCCGCCAUGUUGGUCGAACGUUUCUCGGUCGACCCAACAAGAUGUACUUCGGCGCCGCUGCCCGUCCGGAACACACCGAACACACCGGCCUCCUCACCGCCUCCUCCCAGGACCCCGUCACCGCGGCGACCACCUCCAUGCCCUCCUCCCCGUCCUCCAGUGGGCGGUACCAGGGCUUAGGCCACACCCCCGCCCCCCACUCCAUCUCCGCCCCCGCAGGCUUCACGUCUCCGUCCUGGGAGGAUGACGGCGACGCCUCGCUUCCGCAGCCGACCGGCCAAUGAGGCGCUCCGAUCAAAGCAAACGUCUGGACUUCCUCCUCCAGGGUGAAACUAAAGACAGAGAGACUCAAAGACGAACUGUGGUCUGACUGAACAGAUUUAAAUGUUUGAAAUGUGUAUUUUGAUGUCAGAUGUACUUUUCAUAAGUGUUUCUGAAGUGUCCUUGGGCUCGACUUUACUCUUUGUUCUGACUCACAAUAAAGCAACACAACUCAGUUAUAACCUC